AGGCCGCCCUGCACAGUAGUUGCGCCUAUGAUUCAUAUUACUACAGUGUAAGUAGUGCUAGCUCUCUCACUCGCACCGCGUUCGGCCGAUGCGAAUGUCAAUCAUGUCUUUUCGUUUACACUUCGUUGACUAUUCGCGUUGACAAUUGUAUGAAAAUUCAUCAGCGCAGACGACUUUGGAAUAGAAUAAGAAGUGAAUAAGUGUUGGAUUGAUUUUGCGGAUAAAAUUAUAUGCAAAAGAGGUGGAGAAAAAUUCUUUUAAUUUUUACUUGCGAAAAUUAAUGUUGGAAUUAUUAACGUGCAGCAAAAUUGUGUGAAAUAUGUGCUAAAUUGGGAAUUGGUGCUGGAGCACAACCGUAAGAGUUUGCUGCUGUGUACGUGUCGGAACAGAUGGUGGUACGCGCAUUACGCCGAUUUCUCUGUUGUAAGAGGCCGGAAAAUUUUAAAUAAAUAAAAAUCUACAGUGAACGCAUUGCUCGAUCCUCAACUGUUCGCGUUUGAAUUUCUUUACGUUUGUGGGCGACACAAAGUGUGUUUUUUCAUUUGGAAACCACUUAUAUGUUGAAAUUACGGAUACUUUUGGAAUAUUUUCACAUUACCUCUAACUGACGCUCUGUAGCAACACAGAGACCAGCAACACGUGUACAACACGAAACAUAUGCUCGGCAGUAUGGCAACCGGUGACACAGCGGAUGCCAUUGAAAUGGAAACGGUAAAUCCGCAAAAUUCAACUGUACCGACGACAGUUGACGAAGUUGCCAGCGUCUCGCCUACAACAUCGAAACCCUCCACACCACCGUCAUCUCUUGUUGUCAACACCGUCACCAUAACGCCCCUUGUCACGCCGGAGAAGAAAUUGUCUACUGAUGAAACCUUAACGCAACUGCAGGACGUGCAUCAAAGCACUAAUACCGUAAAUAGUAUAUUACCUGCGACGCCAUCGACGUCACGCAACUUUUAUAGUGAAGCAGCGGCGGAACAUGGCGGCGAUGAGUCUACACGACUGAUGCAGGCCGAAAUGGCAAUCACUGCGGCACAGCAGCAGCGUCUACGUAGCGCCAGUUCCACACUGGAUGCAAGCAUAUCGAGAAACCCGUCGGCGGCUGGUAAACAUGAGAAGAAAAUUGGACAUCGGCGCGUUGACGAAGGUGGCGAAGUGACGUACAAACGCAUACAAUCUAAGCAAAUAAUGGGCUCCAUUCAGCUGGGCAUACAACACACGGUUGGCAGUUUGGCUAGCAAACCUAAACGGGACCUGCUCAUGAAAGACUUUUGGGAAAUGGAAACAAUAGCCUUCCCACCAGAUGGUUCAUCCAUAACACCAGCUCAUCAUUACAGCGAAUUUCGUUUCAAAGUUUAUGCGCCAAUUGCUUUUCGUUACUUUCGCGAUUUGUUCGGCAUAGCACCCGACGAUUUUCUGAUGUCGAUGUGUGCUUCACCAUUGCGCCAAUUAUCGAAUCCCGGCGCAUCCGGCUCAAUAUUCUAUUUGACCGACGACGACGAGUUCAUCAUAAAGACAGUGCAGAAGAAAGAAUGUGAAUUUUUACAAAAACUACUGCCGGGCUACUACAUGAAUCUGUCGCAGAAUCCGCGCACUCUACUGCCAAAGUUCUUCGGCCUUUACUGCUUCCAUUACAAUGCAAAGAAUGUGCGUCUGGUGGCGAUGAACAAUUUGUUGCCGUCAGAUAUUAAAAUGCACGCCAAAUAUGAUUUAAAAGGCUCCACUUUUCGUCGUAAGGCAUCGAAAACCGAACGCCAGAAAGCCAGUCCCACCUUUAAGGAUUUGGACUUCAUGGAACAUCAUCCGAAUGGCAUUUUUCUAGAAACAGAUAAAUAUAAUGCGCUCAUAAAGACAAUUCAGCGAGAUUGUAUGGUUUUGGAGAGUUUCCAGAUAAUGGACUACUCGCUGUUGGUGGGCAUACACAAUCUGGACUUGGCGCAAAAAGAAAAACGUGAGGAACGCAUACGAAAUGCACGCGCCAAAUUGCAACGUUCCGACGAAGUGCGCGAGGCACCGGAGCCGCCCGACUUCGAUCAAACCAUGAAUGCGGGCUCAACCACAGCGCUACAGUCGGCUGGUGCCGCACUGAAUCGCUCGCGCAGCAUGAAUCGUCAGCGCUUGGUGGCACAUUCUACGGCACUCGAAUCGAUCACAGCCGACAUGGACAUACCCAUGGAGGAGGACGAAGAUGUGCCAGCCGGUGGUAUACCUGCACGUUCAGAGAACGAUGAACGUCUGAUCCUCUACAUCGGUAUAAUCGAUAUCUUACAAUCGUAUCGUUUGGAGAAGAAACUCGAACACACCUUCAAGAGCAUCAUUUACAACGGUGACACUGUGUCGGUGUGCCGACCGUCUUUCUACGCGCAACGCUUCCAAAAUUUCAUGGGUAAAACUGUGUUCAAGAAGACGCCCACCUUUCCGCUGAAACAUUCCCCGUCGAAGCGAAAGAGCUCGACCACGCUGCGCACACCGCAACGCACGCCAUCACAGAAUUUAGCCUCGCAUACACGUCCACCGCUGCUGUCCGGUUCAUCGACGCCGCCACCGGCCUUCGAUGAUAUCUCCGAAGAGGAUAUUACCGCGACACCCACCACCACGGGCGGCAUGUACCGCAACUCGGCGAUGAGUGGCGGACGUCCAUACUUGGCGCCGCAACCCUCCUACCUGAGUUCAAAUCGCAGCGCGAUUAGCAGCGCCACCGACGACUACAGCGACGAUGAGGUAGCGUCCAGCAGUGGCGCGCGUUCGCCCAUACGACGUGCACGAUCGCCGCGACUCUCCAAAACCGACGUGCAGGUGACCACCGUCGGUUGCAUUGAAGACGCGCCAGUGCACGUGCACGACGGCGACAACAAUGGCAUCCUGGUCAACACCAAGACGGGUGUGCUCAUGAGUAGUACCGAGGAAAUCAACGCUAACGGUACACAGCAAAUGACGCGAAAGACAACGCUCGUGAAGGCGGUGCAAUCGCAAACCUACACGACCACCCUCGUGUUGAACGAUGUCAGAUGAGUGCAAAUCGGAGCGUUUGAGUUCAGCGCCCUUGGGGCGGCUCUGCUGCAAAGUACGUGUAGUGAGGAGAAUGGCAGUGUGAUUAGAAAAGAUAUGAUUUAAAAUAUACAAAUUGCAAUUAAACGAACAAAUGUCCACCGUCUAGAGGGUGGUCAUCGAGCGUGGCAUGCGCCAAUGCCAGCCAUCAUAUACCAAGUGCGCUUAAUACUACUCUAUCUAAUCGCUUAUUUAUUAGAAUUAAUGCUAUGCUAGCUCUUAAAUGUACGCAAAGUCCGCAGCCGUCAAGCGCGAGCAGUGAUAACUGUUGUUCGGUUCGAGGAAGCCACUCGUUUCAAGUUGCUUGAAAAACUCGGCUAAUGAUUUGAGUUGUCGAAAAUUGGUGCUUGCUGCCUUACGAUUCGAGAUUCGAAAAAAAAACGCAAACUACUUCUAAGCUUUAUAUAUAUUUUCUUGAGUAUUAAUUUCAAUAUUUGCUUUAUUUACUUUAUGCGGUUAUGUGUGGCUAUCACUGAUAUUAUUUGAACAUUUACUUUUCGUUGACCUUAAUUUCAUAGAACUAUUGACCAAUGCGAGCGUUUAUAAUGAUAAUUAAAUAUAUAUACCGUUACAUACAUAUUUAAGGCGAAAGCGCAGUGGAACUGCGUAUAUUGAAAGGAAAAAUGCAUAUCUAUAUAUAUAUAUAUUUUAAU